UGCAUAUUUGUGUUGAUGCAAAGCUGCGUGUGGAUUCCUUUACUUCCUGAUGGGCUCAUUGGGAGAUUCGCCUGCGGGAAGAAGGGGACCAGAACGCUUCUUCUAUGACAAGACUACCUACACAGGUGUUCAUACCUGUGGCGGGCCAAGCACAGUUUGCAAGGAUAGCUUCGUUGCUUCCCUCCGAAACGGCCUGAAGAUGUCGUUGUUCGUGCGAAAUCCAGGACUUCAAGCGCAGCCCCUGGAGCCGACAGGUGGGAACAACGGCCCAGAGCGCUUUUUCUACGACAGAAGCUCCUAUACAGGUGUACAUCUUUGUGGUGGUCCAAGUAUCAUUGACAAGGAGAAUGAUCCUGAUGGCAACUUCUGGCGAAGCUUGCGGCCAAAGAGAAGUCAUUCCCAGCCCAACAUGAGGCCUGGGCAAGUCCACAAACCAAGACCUCCAGACUCCAACGUCAGGUUCUUGCAGUCAAAGUGUGAGGACACACCGCAGUCUUUGGCCCAUACGAGACUGGCACUUCUGAACAGCCGGUUACAAAGAAAUCGCUUUGGAGAUGAUUUGCCCUGGUGAAGCAGAGACAUGGACAUGCUUUGAAGAACAGAUAGAGCAGAUAGCUGCUGAAUGUUGCUAAUGCUGAUGGAUUUCGCUCAAAUUGAGCUGGUACAAAUCUGUUGCGUGCCCUAAAGGGAGAACAUGCAAACUGGGGGGAGCAAUGGACGUUCACCUGGC